AUGGGCAGCUCUGGGGGAACAACAACCAACGUCUCCCAAAGUGAGUGGGAAAAACAACACCCACGAGAUGUGGCGCAGGCUGGAGCAGAACAGCGAGCGCACUGGGGCCGUGGCUCAGCAGUGACCAGCGACUACAGUAUGUACCGUACUGUGGCCCGCAAGUCUGCGACCACAUCCCAUAACACUCGAACACUUUGCGACGCCGACAACGUCCUCAAAUCUGCUUUCACAUUGACCGGCGAAGCCUCGUCACCAUCCCACCAAGGACAGCCUUCGUCCACGAAACCAAAGAUCAUCAUCAUCACCACCACCACCCACGCAGACAAGAUGCCUCACUACCACAGCACGUCCGGCUCGAGCAGCGGGGGUGAAAGAGUCUACUACAACCCGCGACGAGAUGCACGUGGGCCCAAAGAGCCUCGUCCUGUGCCCAAGCGCGAAGUCGUUGUCAUCCACCACAAUGCCGCGACUCAAGACGAUCCAGUACGGACAGCAGGCAUGAGCCACAACAAGUGGAGAUAG